GGGGCCUGCUGGAGCCGUCCGUCCGUCCGGAGGGCCUGGCAGGGCUCGUCCCACUGCUGCUGGCUCAGCUGGCGGUCCAGGGUCACGUGGUGGCUUCAUAACCUACAGGAUAUGGAUGGUUAACCAGCUGCGUUUGGGCAGAGAGGCGUUACUCUUAAAGUCCCGCCGGCGGCCGGGCGCCUGGAGCAUCACCGGGAGGCGUGACCGAACCAUUCUCCGUGGGCCCCGGCAUGGCUUCAGGCUCCCCUGUCUCCUGUUAGCUCCGCCGGCCGGCCGAGGGUCCAAGUGCCCGCCCUCCUGCGUCAGGCCCUGCCCAGAUCCCCGCCCAGCAGCACGAUGGCCGCGGAGCUGGAGGCGUACACCGAGUACCUCGAGGACGGGGGCAACGGCACCACUGAGGACUACUGGUCCUGGGGCCCAAGUGACAACCUGCUGUGCUCCCUGGAGGAGGUCAGGGCCUUCUCCAGGCUGUUCGUGCCCGUCGCAUACUCCUUGAUAUGCGUCUGCGGCCUCCUGGGCAACGUGCUGGUGGUGGUCACCUUCGCCUUCUACAAGAAGGCCAAGUCCAUGACCGACGUGUACCUGCUGAACAUGGCCGUGGCGGACAUCCUCUCGGUCCUCACGCUCCCGUUCCUGGCGGCCACGCACGCGGCCGACCAGUGGCUGUUCAGCAGCGCCACGUGCAAGCUGGUGCGGGGCAUGCACUCGGUCAACUUCUACUGCGGCAUGCUGCUGCUGGCCUGCGUCAGCCUGGACCGCUACGUGGCCAUCGUGCAGGCCACCAGGUCCUUCCGCCUGCGGGCCCGGGCGCUGGCGCACCGCCGCGGCAUCUGCCUGGCCGUGUGGGCCGUGUCGGUGUUCAUCUCCGUGGCCACCUUCGUCUUCUACCAGAAGUACCCGGCGCCGGGCCCCGUGCCGGACGGCGGGCGGCAGAGCUACGUGUGCGAGCCGCGGUAUGCCGGCGUGUCCGAGCCGCUGCACUGGAAGCUGCUCAUGCUGGGCCUGCAGCUGUUCUUCGGCUUCUUCGUGCCGCUGGUGUUCAUGGUCGUCUGCUACCUGCUCAUCGUCCGCACCCUGCUGCGCGCCCAGAACGCGAAGCGGCACCGGGCCAUCCGCGUGGUGCUGGCCGUCGUGCUGGUCUUCCUGGUCUGCCAGGUGCCCCACAACCUGGUGCUGCUGGUGACGGCGGCCAACCUGGGCAGCAUGGGCCGCUCCUGCCGCGGGGAGAAGCUGCUGGGCUAUGCCCGGCAGGGCACGGAGGCCCUGGCCUUCCUGCGCUGCUGCCUGAACCCCGUGCUGUACGCCUUCGUCGGCCAGAAGUUCCGGGGCUACUUCCUGCGCAUCAUGAAGGGCCUACUGUGCGUGCGGCGGGGCCAGAAGUCCCCCGGCUUCUCCUGCUCCAAGAUGCAGUCCGACACCUUCGCCUCCAGGCAGAACAGCGAGACCGCGGACAACGACAAUGCCUCCUCCUUCACCAUGUGACGCGCCCCGCGCCACGGGGGCACGCCCUCGCACGCGUGCACGGUGCCUGGAUG